AUGGUAUCGUUGGGCCUCGUUUUAUCAGCAAGUAAUCACUCCGCCAAUCUCGCAGAGACCAGCAACGAGGCGUUUUGCACAUCAUCUGACGAUAAGUCAGAAAUAGGACAAAGGGACCGACUGAAGGGAUUAAUGAUGAAUGAAGGGGGCAGCGGCGCCUGCACGCCGGGCGAGUACGCUAUCGGGGAGAUACGCGUAUACGUAAAACGAGGCCGACUCAGACGCGAAGUCGCCUGGAAAAGUAGGUGGGUCCGGGACCAAGCUCUCCACUAA